AUGGCACAAACACCGUCCACAUCAUCCCACGAGGACAUGUACAAAAAUGAAAAGAUCGACCUCAAAGUCGUUCAAGCCGACGAGGUCCACGUCCACCAGGUCCAGGGCUACGACGCCCCCGAACCUUCCAAAAUGACUCGCCGUGCCCAGAUCCUCGCCAUUACCAUCUGUGUAGGAGGUCUACUGUUUGGGUUUGACAUAGGCAUCAUUUCUGGCUGCUUCAUCAUGGAUCCCUUCAUCAAAGUCUUUGGCGAUUGCGGUGCUCAAGGCUGCUCUAUACCAGAAGGGCGUAUCUCGAUCAUCAACUCGUCUCUCUCGAUCGGUACUUUUGUCGGGGCUCUCCUUCAAGCGCCCGUUUCUGACUUCUUUGGUCGUAAGCCUUCGAUGAUCACCUGGGCCACCACGUUCACCGUCGGCGCCAUCAUUCAGACCGCCACGAUCAGCUCUUGGCAUCAAUUUGCCGUAGGCCGUGCCGUUGCCGGUCUUGGUAUUGGUGCUCUUUCCGGUCUUUGCCCUCUCUACCUCGGCGAAACCGCGCCCAAGCACAUCCGCGGCACCAUGGUCACUUUCUAUCAGCUUCUCAUCAUCUUUGGCAUCUUCAUCUCCUACGGCGUCUCGUGGGCCACACAGAACUUCAAGACAUCAAACGCCAGCUGGAAGAUCCCCGUCGGUCUCCAGCUGCUUUGGGGCGUUGCCAUGCUCUCUCUCAUGACCUUGCUUCCAGAGUCGCCUCGCUACUGCCUCAAAAACGGUCAAGUGGACCGCGCUCGCGAGAUCAUGGCCAAGAUGCGUGAUGUGGUGCUGCAGCCGAUCAAUGGCCAGCCUCGCGGAGACAAGUGGAUGGAAGCCGAGCUUGCAGAGAUGAAGCAGGGUAUCGAUGAGGAGAACAACAUCUUUGCCGGUCGCAGCUACCUGGGCUCUUACCUUGUCUGCUUUUCCGCCAAGAACCAGAUGUGGAAGCGUACCAUCAACGGAAUGAUGCUCCAGACUUUGCAGCAGCUUAACGGUCAGAACUUCUACUACUACUACCUGCCUCUUCUCAGCUCCACCCUGGCGCUUCCGCUCGACCCCUUCCAGAUCCAGUUUAUCCUCGGUUCUGCUUCGCUCGUCGCUACGCUCCCUGCACUAGUUGCUAUCGAAAAGCUCGGCCGUCGCCCGCUUCUCCUCAUCGGAGCGGCUUGUGAAGCGGCCUGUGCUUUCAUCGUCGCUUUCGUAGGACACUACAAGACCGCACCCAAGGACACACCUGCGGACCUCAUCACUGCAUCGCAACACCAAGCGGGCGCAGUAUUUAUCUCCUUUGCGAUCAUCCAUCUGCUCUUCUACAGCUGCUGUUGGGGUCCAGGUCCUUGGCUGUACCUCUCCGAGUCGUUCAACUCACCUACAAGAGCCAAAGCAAUUUCUCUCGGGUCGGCGAGUAACUGGCUGUUCAAUUUCCUGCUCAGCUUCUUUUCAAACAAGGUCGCGGCGCAAUACGGGCCGUUCAUCAUGCUCAUCUUUGGCUCAGUGCUCGUCUUUGCGUUUGUCUGGGUAUACUUCAUGGUACCUGAAACAAAAGGCAUCUCACUCGAAGAUGUCGAGGUGCUGUAUUCCGAGAACGUCAAGCCGUGGAAGUCGGCAGCUUGGGUACGCGACAACAGGUUGCGCGAGAAAGCGUCUGUCUGA